UCCCUCCUUGAGCCACCCAGAGCAGGAGCAGAGGAAGGAAGUGAAACUGACUUGCGUCUUUCGCAAUCAGGAUUGCUUGCAAAAUCGGUCUUUUGAGGCUAGUUUUGGGCUCUCUCUGAAGCCUAAGAAGAGGGAGAAAGAAGAACAUGGGGGUGACUCAAUCCUUGGGGCUGCCACACGGGAAGGGCUUGUUCCCUGUAGGGUGCACGGAUGUGAUGGUGGGCCAGAACCAAAAGGGCCUCUUUUUCCGCCUAUUUUACCCCUGCAUCCCGCAGGACAGAACAGAGCAGCCCUCCUGGAUUCCCCGCUACGAGUAUUACUGUGGGCUAGCUGAUUACAUGAACAUGAACAGGAAAUGGUGUGCCCCAGUGCUCAGUGUGACAUUUGGUUCAUGCAGAGUCCCUGUGAGUUGGGAUGCACCUUUUAAACCAAGUUCCCACAAGUAUCCAUUGAUUAUAUUCUCCCACGGAUUAGGAGCCUUUCGAACUGUGUACUCUGCCAUCUGUGUUGAAAUGGCUUCGCGUGGGUUUUUGGUGAUGGCGCUUGAGCACAGAGACCGUUCUGCCUCUGCCACUUACUUUUGCAAGUUGGAACCUGAAACACCGGACUUCCCCGAGGUUCAGAUACAGGAAGAAUGGCUCUCUUAUCAAGGGGUACCGAAAGAUCAGAAGGAGUUUCGCUUCCGAAACCCACAGCUCCAUCAAAGAGCAAACGAGUGCGUACGAGGACUUAAGUUGAUCCGGAGCAUUGAUGGCGGCAAAGCAGUCGUCAACCUCUUACGCACCGAUUUUGAUCUGUCUGCGCUGAAGGACAAUGUGGAUUUGUCUAAAGUUGCAGUCAUGGGUCACUCUUUUGGAGGAGCGACAGCCGUGCUGGCUCUCGUUAAAGAAGCCCAAUUUAAAUGUGCUGUUGCUCUCGACGCCUGGAUGUUCCCUUUGGAGAACUCUCUCUACCCAAAAGUGGCCAAGCCAGUGUUUUUUGUCAACACAGAGUCAUUCCAGACAGAGGAGAGCGUGGCCAAAAUGAAAAAGAUCAGCAGCACAAGCAAAGAGACCAAGAUUAUAACCAUCUUGGGUACUGUCCACCAGAGUCAGAGUGAUUUCACCUUCCUCGCGGGGAAUCUUGUGAACAGAGUCUUCAGAACAAGAGGCACCAUCGAUCCCUACGAAGGCCUUGACAUCACCAGCCAGGCUGCUCUUGCCUUCCUGCAGAAACAUCUCCAGCUGAAAGAAGAUUUUGAUCAGUGGGACAGUCUUUUGGAAGGCAUUGGUGAAUCCGUUGUUCCAGACAGCCCUGUAAAUAAGUCCAGCCUCUAGACAUGAAAAUACAUUCUCUCUCCCUCUCCAGUGCUUUUGGCAAUCCUCUUGUAUUUCCCAACCUACAAAGCAGGAGGAACACUUCUUAAAUAUGUCCAGACCUGCUAACUUCAUGGUGGAGUUCCCUAAAUGUGCUCUGAUUCAUUAAGGACUACAGAGAGGUGAUUGGAAAUGCUAAUGUCUUUUUGAUUGAUCUGUCUGUUUCUCUGACUGGAGAAAUAGAAAUAAGGAUUGUCAUUUUGGGACCUAUCCUUGAGGAAAUUCUCUUGGACUGGGUCUCAUGGAAAUGAAAGGGAGCUGAACAAGAGCAUAGUAGGUUUAGGUUGAAUUUCCCUUCGAUAACAUCCUUCGCCAUCCAAAAUUAGUAGGGUUUUUGCUGAGGUGUGAAACAUUGCUGAAUUGGGGGGGUGGGGGAAGUCAUCCAAGCAGCUGAUCUUCUCAUCAAGAGACUAAAGGGGUGGUCUACUACUCACUGUGGAAACCAGAAUGAAGAUUAUCCCAGGUUGGAGAAGUUCAGCGUUGUGUAGAAGCAUCUCUCUUUGAAUCUGGUCUUUAUGCAUAUCAAUUACUUCACAGAUGUUUUCACAAUCAUCUACUUUCAGAUUGCUUCUUGUUGGUGCCUCUGCAGCCUAUAUUUUUUAUUUUAAUUGUACUCAAACAGUAAUGCAAUCUCUUUGGGGCAGAGAUCGUCUCUUUUUAUAUGUUUACAAUGGGCCAAAUGUGUACUAGCAAAGAUGAUGUGGGAAAGCAAUUUCAACUUUGAUUUUUACAAACUGAAGAACGUGGACCUCAAAUAUGUCUUGAAAGGAUACCUUCUGACUCUAAAUCCUGGAUAGGUGAGGAUUAGUAAUGCUUAUGUAUCUGCGUAAGAAAGAUGCUCCUCUCCAGCUAGCCUGCAGGCUAGGAAAAGAAGUUAUAGAGAUGUCCUGGUACCAAAAAUGAACCUGGGUAUGUGAGCCCUUGAAGUGUUAGUACAGCUGAGCAGCAAGGUCAUAACCUAAGUCAAGGCUCCAUCCCAGAACUCCCAAAUUCAGUAGCAAGGCUUGAACCUGCAACACAUGAAGCAACAACCAAAUUCCUUCUGAACAUGUGCAGUUUUCCUUUCCAAGUAGUAUUCCUGAGUAUCCUAUGCCAAUUUAUUUUGGGCUUAGUGGGAAAACGCAGUGAAGAGUACAUGGCUUUCAGGCAACAUUUGAGCCCUGCUCCUGAGAGAACCGAGUGUGGGUUUUAUGUAUAUUUAACCCUGGCCUGUACAUGGUGAGACCUAUCAUACAUGGUGGAUCACCCUGAAUCCUUGAAUGAGCCUCCUGUGUUUGCUGUGUGCCUGCCUAGGGUUUGGGGUAGGCAGGCGUCAAAUACACAGACUGUCCUCCAUGGCUGGUGGGUCACACAGAUGUGCACACCUAGCCUCCCUGCACCAUGCUGCUUUCCCCAGCCCUGUUGUCGUCCCAGACAAGUGCACAACCCUAAUCAUAUGUGAAUACUUAGAAAAUAAGUAAGAUGCUGCUGUUAUGUCUCCCUGGUGUCCACCAAAGUGCCUGCACUGAUUUAUGUUAGAACUCUGUUUAAUUGGAAGCCUAUAAACAUUUGUAACGUGUUUAUGCACAA